AUGAAAGCUGGUCAAUUCUCUAUCUAUGAUCCAGGCGAACAGCAAUUACACUAUCGAAUCCAAUCUCAAAUUGCUCUUUGGCAAAUCCUCGAACUGGUUGCAUAUCCAUCCAAUCAAGUGAUUGCGAAGCUUAACAGUCGAUGGCAUACUUUGUUAUACGAAGCAACUAUUUCAAUUUUUGAUUCUCAAUCAAAUCAAUGGAUCGAUGGACAAAUUCGAAAACAUUUUACAUUCUUUGGAGAUAAAUAUACUAUUGAAUGGAAUGGAAAAAGUAUGGUAAUGGAAACCAAGUUCCUUUCUUUCACUACU